AUGGACGACUUCAACAGCGACACCGACAGCGACUACACAAGCUACUGGCGCGACUGGUUCAUAUCCUCACGAGGAAACGAGUACUUCUGCGAGAUCGACGAGGAAUACCUGACGGACCGGUUCAACCUUACUGGCCUCAACACAGAAGUACAGUACUACCAAUAUGCGCUCGAUCUCGUCACAGAUGUGUUCGACUUUGACUGCGACGACGACAUGCGAGAACAAAUCGAGAAGUCUGCGCGGCAUCUCUACGGCCUCGUCCACGCACGAUACAUUGUCACUACCAGAGGCUUAGCAAAGAUGCUCGAGAAAUUCAAGAAAUCAGACUUUGGCAAAUGCCCCCGCGUCAUGUGCGAAUCACAACCCCUCCUACCCAUGGGCCCCUCGGACGUGCCCAACACCUCGCCCGUCAAACUCUACUGCGCCCGCUGCGAAGAUCUCUACAAUCCCAAAUCCUCACGCCACGCCGUCAUCGACGGUGCCUACUUUGGCACCUCGUUCCACAACAUCCUCUUUCAAGUAUAUCCCGCCAUGCUCCCGCCCAAGUCACAACGCCGCUACGAACCUCGCGUCUUCGGUUUCAAAGUACAUGCCGCAGCCGCGCUGUCAAGGUGGCAGGCCGAGCAGCGCGAACAAAUGAAGGAGCGGCUGAGGAUGUUGAAUAUGGAAACGGGGUUCGAGCAAGAGGAUGUCGUAGUAGAAGAGGAAGAGGACGACGAAGAAAUGGAAUUGCAACAAGGAAUCGAGGGCACAGCUGUGCACGUUUAA